CCGCCGCCUUGCAUCCUGCCUGCCAGUGUCUGUGGCAUUGGCAUCAGAUCAGGCAGGUGUGUGGGCUCAGGAUGAGGUGGCCGCAGUGAGGAGACCCCUCUCUCAGCCCUGCAGGAAGAGUGGCCAGGAGUGGACAUGAGCGCGGGCACGGAGCUGCUGUGGCCGGGGGCGGCCCUACUGCUGCUGCUGCUGUGGGCGGCGGCCGGCCUGUGUGUGCGCUGCUCCCGCCCAGGUGCGAAGAGGUCCGAGAAAAUCUAUGAGCAGAGGAGCCUGCAAGAAAAUCAGCAGAACUUUGCAGUGGCCCGGACCUAUACCUUGGUCAGGGAGGCCUGGCCAGGGCCCCUGGUGGACACGGCCUCCAACGCGGCAUCAGCAAGCCCCUCCUCAGCCCCUGCCCCACUCCCGUGCAGGAAGGACAAGCUGCUGCAGUUCUCCCCCAGCCUCGAGGAUUCUUCAUCCUCCAGGUACCAGAACUUCAGCAAAGGAAGUAGAUGCAGAUCAGAUGCAGCCUACAUACACCCCUUCACCACGGACUAUUUCGAUUAUGGGCAGUUCCAGAAGCCCCCGGAAGAUGAUGAUGACACCAAUUCCUAUGAGAACGUGCUCAUCUGUGAGCCAAAGAAAACCGAAUCAGGGGACGAGGGGUCUGAGGAUUAUCAGAACUCGGCGUACAUCCAGCAGUGGCGGGAGUCCAGGAGAGUCGUGGAGCCGGUCCGGAGGGAAGCACCUCCCUCCCCAGUAGGAAGUCCAGAUGAGGACGGCGGGGAGCCCGAUUAUGUGAACGGGGAAGUGGCAGCCACCAAAGCCUAGAGAAGCCCUGGAGGAAGGAGCCAGGGAACCAUAUACUGCCUCCCCAGAGCUGCUCAACUUCUAGACCCCCUACAGCUACUCCUGGGAGGGGCACCAAUGCACCCUGAGGACCAGCCAGCUGGCCACGGGGUACCCAGCCCGGGAAAGGACAGUUACGCAUGGAGCCGCCCUCUGACCGGCUCCCACGGGCAAGCCAGGAGCCUGGGGCCGAGGGCAGCUCCCGCUGUGGUCAGAUGCCCAGGACUCAGGGCAGUCUCAUCCCCUUAACCACAUUUAAAACAUCAUACUA